AUGGCUCCCCCGUUCAUUGAUACCAAUUGGAUGGUGGGCCGCCACUCCCUCUUCUCCACCUGUCUUACCCUCACGGUCCUCCAUCAACCGUGCCCCCAUCUACCCCCAUGCUUGUCCACAAACUUUGGGUCUUGCUUUCAGAUGGCAACCCAUUUGAAGCGCAAUCUGCACCUUAGCUGCAUAUGA